UAUCAGAAAAUAAACUGGUACGAACCGAACAUGUUUGGUGACGUCUGCUGCGUUCUGGAGUAAACACCUGAUCCAACACUUGUGUCUACAAUGCCGGAAAUAUUUAAUACUACUGUACCGUGGCCCCCUGACAUUAGCAGACCACAGGGAACAAAAAUGAGUGCAUCUUGUCCCCCACUACAAAAAAUUCCAUCAGAAGGGAGCAAGGCGGAGAGGCUGAGAUGUCUAGUAGAGAAGUUUACUUCAGAGUUUUCUGCCAAGCCACAGUUCUGUACCAGAGCUCCUGGAAGAGUGAAUUUGAUCGGUGAGCAUGUUGACUACUGUGGCUAUGCUGUUUUUCCUAUGGCCAUUGAUUUGGACAUCUUGAUCGCUGUUGGCACCAACACUACUGGCAAACUCAAUCUCAUUAAUGUUGAUGACAGCUACCCAAAGUUCUCCUGUGAAAUUAACAACUUUGAGAUAGACAAGAGCCACCCCACUUGGUACAAUUAUGUACUGUGUGGAGUACAAGGUAUACAAGAAGAGGGGGGGAGGAAGGAACCUUUUUCUGGUCUUGAUAUGGCUGUGAGUGGGAAUAUUCCCCCGUCGUCUGGGCUGUCUUCCUCCUCUGCUCUUGUUUGUGCUUCAGCCUUAGCCAUUGCUCAUGCACACAAGCUUUCGAUAAGUAAGGAGGAUCUUGCCGAGAUCUGUGCUCGUUGCGAAAGGCAUGUAGGAACACAAGGUGGAGGAAUGGACCAGGCCAUUUCUUUUCUAGCUACUGAAGGGACAGCAAGAGUGAUUGAAUUUAAUCCUCUGAGGUCAACCCCAGUGAAUCUGCCAUCAGGGGUGUCAUUUGUGGUGGCUAAUAGCUUGGCCCCCAUGAAUAAAGCAGCCAAUUCUUAUUAUAACUGUCGUGUCAUGGAGUGCCGUAUCGCUUGCCAGAUUAUGGCAAAACAGGCAGGUCUAGCAUGGAAGGAGUAUCAACGUCUUGGCCAACUGCAGAAAGUGCUGGGUAAAAGCCUUCCUGAGAUGAUGACUCUUGUGUCACGCACUUUUGAAUCUCGCCCAUACAGCAAAAAAGAGAUUUGCAAGUUACUUGGUACUUCUGAGGAGGAUUUAGAUAAAACUACCUUAAGUGAAAACACUAGGCACAUCGAAGAAUUCUUACUUCAUGAAAGAGCGCAACAUGUUUUCUCAGAGGCACAUCGUGUGUGGGAGUUCAAACGAAUCUGUGAUGAUAAGAGUGAAAAUUGUGUAGAGGAACUUGGGAAACUGAUGAAAGAAUCCCACUUGUCUACAAAACUGCUCUACGAAUGUUCACAUCCUAAACUUGAUAAACUAGUGGACCUUUCCGAGGGUGUAACAUUUGGUGCCAGGCUAACAGGAGCUGGAUGGGGUGGAUGCAUGGUUGCUAUGGUCAAAGAGGAAAAGGCUGAGGAGUACAAGGAAUUGUUAGUGGAAGAAUACUACAGUCAAGAAGCUAACGCUAAAGAUAAGGAUUUAAACUCUGUACUUUUCAGUUCUCAGCCUAGCCCUGGAGCUUGUAUUUAUGAAUUUUAGUGCAAAAGCAUUUUGCACUUUCAAGCAGUCUGAUGUAAAUCUGUGGUUACUUUCUAAUUUUGUUCUUUUGAACAAAUACUUGAAUUUCAUUGAUCAUAUGCCUUGUUUUGGUUUAAAAUGCACAUGCGAGAACCCAAAGAAUUUGUACGAAAAAGGUCUACUAUGUCUGGUGCUUAACACUGAAGUUUGACUUUAUUUUCUAGUUUCUUGUGUACGUAUUUAUUUGUUAUUGUAUUUGUUGGUGUCUUUUCUGUUUUUUUCUGUCUUCCUUCUUAUUCAUCUUUAUUUAUUUGGGUGAUAAAUUGUUUUAUCAUUGUAUGUUGUAGACACAGGAAAAUUUUUUUUAAAUUCGAUAACUUAGAGUUAAAAUAGUUAAGUUUACUAUUAUGGAAUAAGAAUUUUGAACUUUAAUACAGUAAUUCUAUAAAAGAUUGAAGAUUUUGAUCUUUGGCCUAUAGAAUUGUAAUUAAAUUGCAGUUUUAAUUAGUUUAGAUGAUAGUUCACUAGCAUAUAAAAGAAUAUUUGAUAUUUUUUCCUGUGAUCUAUAAUAAAGGAUUUCAGUACAAUACUUACAACUAACUAAUAAUUAAAAUGGGCCAGUAAGUGAAAUAACAUGGUUUUAUGUAAUAUUUUGUACCUGAAAACUGUCUAAAAAAUAAAAAAAAGUGUUAGAAGGUGCCAUGAAAGCUAAAUAUUUAACAAGAAAAUGUUAGAAAGUGCCAUGAAAGCAAAAUAUUUGGCAAGAAUAUGUAGUAUAUUAGAGGUUAUCAACAUAAGUUUAAUCUGCUUCUUUAUUGUUUGAUGUACUACUGCAUUUAUGAACUUCUUUCCAUUUUAUUUCAGGCUGUUUCUAAGAAAAUAAGUGUAACAUAAUAGCAUCAGAAGCUAUUAUGUUACAUUUAAAUUUGAACUAUUUAAGAUGAAUCAUAGAUCAGUAGUAAUGUGUGAAUCAGUAUUUUUUUUAACAUAGGACUAUAUAGAAAGUUUACAUUUAUAUUUUUUCCCUGAAUUUUGGUUUAUAUUCCUUGAUAAUAUUCUUGUAUGGAUAACAGCUAAUUUAUUUUUAUUAAAAGCUGCAGUUAUUUUUAAUAGCAUGGCAAAUUGAACAGAUUGCAAUACGUACUUGUUUUUUAUAUUCCAUGAUGAAAUUCAUUUGAUUUCAUAAUUACUGUAUAAAUAUUUUUGAAGAAUAUGAAUUUUUAAACCAUAAAUUCACCAAGAAGCUAUACUAUAUGUAUUUCCUACCUCAAUGGUGUUUGUAAACAGCAUUGAGAAUGUAAUGUACAUCAUUGCUAGUGAAUUUAAAAGCAUUCUAAACUAUGUUAGCACUUUAAAUAAGGUUUUUAUUAAGCAACAUUCAAGAAAUGUUAUUUCAAGUUCUGCCUUUGUAUUUGAAAAAAGUUCAAAAACUAUUUAGACUACCUACUUUGUUACCAUUUCGUCUCAGGUUAUGGAAAAGAACUAAUCUAUAGUACACAACAUAAUGUACUUGGGAUUUAUUUUACUUCUAGAGAAGAAUUUACAUUGGUAGUAAAUUCCAGCUUUUUUGUGUCACAUCUUUGAGUUCAUUAUAUUGAUUGCUUUACAGCCAUAUACAUUGUAUUUAUAGCAAGGCCGAAUAUUUUUAAAAUACCAAUGCUGUGUGAUAUGAUGUGCAAUAUUAUUUUUUCUGCCUUACUUUUAAAUGUUGUAUUUGUCUAUUAUUUAUUGAACGACAUUAUUUACGUAUAUACUAUAUGUAAGUAGAUCAGAGUCAGGAAGCGCAACAGAUGAAGGUAACAUGUAACAUAAGUGUGUACAGGCUAAUAAAGAGCAAGAAGUGACGGUAUCCAGUUCACACUACGUUACUGUAUGUCUUUGUUGUGUAAUGUAAUAUGAUACAAAGAAGUUUUACAGCUUUUAUAGUAUCUCAUAUUACUUAACACAACAAUGUAAUUAAAAUACCCAGUAUACUAAUAUUUCAGGCUAUAUUACUUGGCACAGCAGAUGCACUUCACUUUCCAUCGUUUUCAUAGACUAAGAAACAUUAUUAGAGUAAAAAACCUUAGCAUGCAAAGGUGGAAAACCUAAACAUUAAGGUCUUUUUAUCCACACUGAAGGCCUUUUAAACAUUAAGGUCUUUUUAUCCACACUGAAGGCCUUUUAAACAUUAAGGUCUUUUUAUCCACACUGAAGGCCUUUUCACCUCUGUGCACUGCAGGACUUUUUCAAUCUUUACACAGAAAGACCCUUACAUUCUUCUGAUUACUUGGAGGCAGUGUCAUUGUCAGUUUCAUAGAUGUCUUAUGCAGUAAAAGGGUUGCAGCCAGGGCCAAAGGAACUGAUGUCAUACCCCAACCAGAACUAAGGUCUCCAUUCACCAUUGUGAAUACAGUGGCAUACAGUGCUAAUGUAGCCAGUACGUACUAUUCAUUAACAAUGGUGCUAAUUAACUGUUAAGUAUAUUAAAUAAUUCAUGCAAGUGCUGCCACAGUUCUGAAUUAUAGUAAAUAUUUCCAGCUUGAUACAGAUGAACUAGAUGAGACAACUAAAGAACUAUAGACGAUUACUGUCCACCCUGAUAGUGACUUUGCACCAAUUAGAAAAAAAAAAAGUUGGUUUGUGGAAUGGACUUGCACAACUAUAAACCUUAUUUCACAGGGAAUAACAGCUGCCUAACCCUUCCAAUUAGCACAUACCACUCGAACAAGUGGAAGCAUUAAUCACUGCUUCACUUUCUGUUAAGAACAAAAUUUACACUUUGGUUAACCAUAACUACAAGCUGCUAUGGAAAAAAUAAAGGUAUGUAUUUUUUGAAGUUUUAUUAUAUUUACCUUAACCAGAAUUAAGGUGUUGAUAGUUGAGUUGUACCAUUUCAAAAAUAAAUCCUGUUCAUAAAACCUUUCAGUCAAACUACUGCUUCAUUAGAUCAAAAACAUGACAUUGUUAUGUAAAAAAAAAAAAACUUGUGCUCAUACAAAUACUACACAGAGCAGACUGUAAUUGAUAUUAUCUGUAUUCUUUAUCUAAUUAAAAAACUUUUAUAAAGGUUCUCAGUGCAUCAGUUAUGAAAUUUGGUUUGCAGUAUCAUGGACACAAAAAAUAUUUGUUCAUACUAUGGCCCCUUUAAUCCUGCAAAUUUUGAUGUAAAGCCCCAUGUGUGUUGAAUAUUUGUAAGAAAGUCAAUUGUUAACAAUAUAAAAAACUUAACAAAUACUCCAUGUUGUUGUUGGUGCCAAUAAAAUAAGACAAACUGA